CGUGCUGCUUGUGAGCCCCUUCCCCAAAGAGCGGGUUACGUUUCCUGCUCUGCAACGUGCCCUGGGAAGCUGUGCUGCUGCUGGGCUCCGGGUCACCCCUCUGCAUGUCUCCUCACCCGCAGGUGGCUAUCAAGUCAAUCCGGAAAGACAAAAUCAAGGAUGAGCAGGACCUUCUCCAUAUCCGGAGAGAGAUUGAGAUCAUGUCGUCCCUCAAUCACCCCCAUAUCAUCGCUGUCCACGAAGAUUUGGAGCGAAUGUCCAACUGGAUCAAGUCUUUGCUUAAGCGCCGAGUCGGGUGGCCGCAAACCCGGCGCGACCCGCGCUCUGCCUCGGCGCGGCUGGCUCUGCGGCGUUCGAUUGCAGACUUUGGCCUCUCCAAUGUUUACCAGCAGGACAAACUUCUGCAGACUUAUUGUGGCAGCCCGCUCUAUGCAUCUCCUGAAAUCAUCAAUGGGAGGCCGUAUAAAGGCCCAGAGGUGGACAGCUGGUCUCUUGGUGUGCUCCUCUACAUCCUGGUCCAUGGUACAAUGCCGUUUGAUGGCCAGGACUACAAGACUCUGGUCAAGCAGAUCACGAGUGGGGACUACCGGGAGCCCACGAAGCUAUCAGAUGCCUGUGGGCUGAUCCGGUGGAUGCUGAUGGUGAACCCAGAGCGCCGAGCCACCAUUGAAGACAUUGCCACUCACUGGUGGGUGAACUGGGGCUACAAAGUGCCUAUCGGGGAGCAAGAGAUGUUGCGGGAGAGCGAGUCCCCCCUGGCCACGGUGGCAGAGUGGCUGCGCCGAUCCUCCCGGCCCCUCUUUGAGAACGGCUCCAAGGUGCGCUGCUUCUUCAAGCAGCACAUCCCCAGCGUCACCCUGGAGAGGCAGCGCUCCCUCAAGAAGUCCAAGAAGGAGAACGACAUCUCCCACAUGCUGCAGGAGGUGGCUGUGGCCCCGGAGAACCCCUCCAAGUCCAUCCUGAAGAGGCCCAAGGGGAUCCUGAAGAAGAGAAACUCCAGCGACCAGAAGGCACCUGGCCCCGGCCCCCCGCAGGCAGGUCCUGCUGGAGAGGCCAGGGAUGAGGAGGGCGAAGCAGGAACAGAGCCCGAAAGACGUGUCCGGGGCUGGUGGUGCCAGCGCCGUGACCCUCCCGGCAGCCGCCUGGUCCAGGACAGCUGCAGACCAGAGGCCACCGUGUUCAGCGAGGUGCCUUUUGGGAGAGAAACAGAAAGCCCCCUGGGCUGA